AUGGCCGCCUCGCAAAUUUUUACCACGCUUCUGGGCUCAGCGUUCGCAGACGUCCGUUUUGCACGGGACGACACCACGCAACAACAGCGCGACGACGGCGCAACUUUCCCCAGCGGCGUCUAUUUUAGGACCUCAAUCAGCGCCCCUGCUCGCCGCGACGGCCUGCAGAUCGCACUUGGAAGACCGUUGCGCGCAAUCUGCGAAGCUUCCAGCCCGGCCAGCCCUCACACGGCGCACUCGGCGCCGCGGCCAUUGUCGACCGCCCGCACCCAAUCCAAGACAGACCAGCCUGCCACACGGGAUCCAGCGAUGGCGCCCACGGCCACAGCAGCGGCAUCCUCACCGGACGCGGCCGACUGGUGCAACGGGCGACCGCGGCCUCAGAAUGCUCGCCAGGCCGCCAGCGUUGCAGUCGCAUCUCGUGCGUCACGUCACGCAGUCAUGGCUUUGCCCACGCCGACACCAGCCAGCUCGCUAUCAACGAUACGGUUGGCAGUCGGCUGA